AUGCCUCUUCCACACAGGAUUUUUUCGUCAUGUGAAGCCCGGGACCCUGCUGCGGCGAGCGCGGCAGAGGAGGGCACGGACUACGAGUCUCAUUUCAGGCCAGCACGACGGCGCCCAGCAGAGGCACUCGAGGUGUUCGAACCGGGAGUUGGCGGCUCCAUGCCGAGUGCCGAAGCCACAGCGCGCUUUGCUGGCUUUGGUGGUUUUGACUUAAUGCAACCUGCCCAUCUAUAA